CCAGUCGAGUGUAACAAACAGCGGAGACGGAGCGGCACGCCGCGCCGGAUCACACACGCACACUUUUUACACACACGCACACUUUACACACAAACACGCGCGCGCGCAGUCGUACGCACAGCGGCAACAAACAGACCGUGGAGUCACACAGAGACGCGGUGUGUUGUUUUGUUUUACUAGAAGAAGUCACCUAUAUUUCUGCAGCCCGGGAGGCUUUGAGGAAGCGACAGAAGCGAGUCACCAUGUGAAAGAACUUAUGUGGGAAACGGACGAACGCGCUGGAAUACGAGCAGAAUAGGAAGUCAAAGGGCGUGAGCGGAAUGUCCGUGGAUGAGAAGCCUGAAGCCCCCAUGUAUGUGUAUGAGUCGACAGUUCAUUGUACCAAUAUCCUCCUCUGCCUCAACGACCAGCGGAAGCAGGAUAUCCUGUGCGAUGUGACCGUCCUGGUGGAGGGCAAGGAGUUCCGCGGGCACCGGUCCGUGCUGGGCGCCUGCAGCGAGUACUUCCUCCAGGCGCUGGUGGGCCAGGCGGAGAAUGGCUUGGCCAUUAGCCUUCCGGAAGAGGUCACUGCCAGGGGAUUCGCUCCAUUGUUGCAGUUUGCCUACACUGCUAAGCUGUUACUCAGCAGAGAAAACAUCCAGGAGGUCAUCCGCUGUGCUGAAUUCCUGCGCAUGCACAACCUCGAGGACUCCUGCUUUCGCUUCCUGGAGGCUCAGCUGCGCAGAGAGGAGGAUGGCUUGCUGCUCUGCCAGAAGGUGGCGGCGGAGGUGAACAACUCGGAGGAUGAGAGCAUGCAGUCGGAGGCGGAAAGGCCCGCCUCCCCCAAGACGCGGCGGUGUGCCGACGCCCUCACCUCCUUCGGACAAACUGACGAUGAUCGGCUGGCGAUUGCCAUUCCCAGUAACUUCACAGAUGGCCGGCUGGACUUUGAUCGUCACGGAGCGUCAGACCUGCCGCGAUGCCCAAAGUACAGGAAAUACCAGUGGGCUUGCAACAAGCACAAUAAUGACACCUCCUCACACACCAGUACCUCAGGUUUUCCAAGCACAUUAACGGAGAGCAGUGUUAGCGGGGCAGUUCCGGAUCAGGGUAGGCUGCCUUUGGCACAGAUCAAAGUUGAACCGCAGGCAGAGGAAGAGGCCACCUCAUUGUGCCUGUCAGGGGACGAGCAGGAAGUCAGGGAAAAGGACAGUGAGACAGCCAUGGAGAUGGACAACCCCAUAUCGGUGGAAAGAACCAAGAGAACCAAGUCCCCUUCCUGCCUCCGAGCCUUCUUCAAGAAAGGGGCGGACCUCCCCAGUCUGCCCAACACAUCACAGCAGCUAUUCGCCAACAGACUUGCCUGCCCCCAGGACAAAGGAAACUCUCAGGGAGAUCAUAAAAAAGACUUCAGGCCUUUCACUGGGGAGCUGUGUCUGUCUGUUACAUCCCCAAAGGACGUGGACGGUUUCCCUGCAGGGUUGUCCCUCAAGUCCGCCUCCUGCGAUGGGGUCUGCAAACAGGAAACUGAGCUCGAUCGCCGUAGUGUCAUAUUUUCCUCAGGGGCCUGCAACCGUCUGGGAACCCCAGCACAUUCCUACCCUGGUGGGAACUCUUUGGAGAUGGAGCUCUCUGAGCACAUGCCAAAGGGCCUGUGGGCGGGAGCCAGCCAGUCCCUCCCCACCUCCCAGAGCUUUUCUCCCAGCACCACCUCCACCGAGCCCCCGCUCCUGUGCCGCCCACGACCCAACACCAGCUGCCCAGUGCCAAUCAAAGUGUGCCCGCGCUCGCCGCCUUGUGAGACACGCACCAGGACUUCCAGCUCCUGCUCUUCGUACUCCUACGCGGAGGACGGCAGUGGAGGCUCUCCCUGCAGCCUGCCCCAGUUUGAGUUCUCCUCCUCACCAUGCUCCAACGUGGCACGCUGCCUCAAUGUGGACCAGCAGGAGCAAAGUGUGGGCGGGGAUGCUCUAUUUAACCAGGUGCGGCCCAAGAUCAAAUGUGAGCAGUCCUACGGCACCAACUCCAGCGACGAGUCGGGCUCCUUCUCAGAGGGAGACAGCGAGUCCUGCCAUGUACAGGACCGAGGGCCAGAGGUGAAGCUGCCUUUCCCCGUCGAUCAAAUCACGAAUCUUCCUCGAAACGACUUCCAAAUGUUGGUGAAAAUGCACAAACUGACCUCGGAGCAGCUCGAGUUCAUCCACGACGUGAGGCGGCGGAGCAAGAACCGCAUCGCGGCGCAGCGCUGCCGCAAGAGGAAGCUCGACUGCAUCAUGAACCUGGAGUGCGAGAUCCGGAAACUGGUGUGCGAGAAGGAGAAGCUGCUGACGGAGAGGAACCAGCUGAAGGCGUGCAUGGGCGAGCUGUGGGAGAACUUCUCCUGCCUGUCGCAGGAGGUGUGCCGGGACGUCCAGCUGAGCCCCGAGCAGGUCCAGUCCCUGAACCACUACUGCCCCGUGCUGCGGUCCCCCAACUCCGACAGCAACGAGCCCAAGCCCGCCCCCAGCAACAAAAACAACGCCGCCAACAACACCACCACCACCACCACCCACACCACCAGCAGCAGCAUCGACCUCACCGGCCGCUCGGCCUCGGCCACGCCGGAGCUCAGCCUCCACGGGUCGCCCGACGGGCCCUCGGAGAGCGAGCCCGACUCGGCCGUCAGGAACGGGGCGGAGGACGGGGACAUGGACGGCCGCGACGCCGGCGUGUACACAAAGUCGGGGCUGCCCGUAGGGAAGUCCAACCAGGCGGUGACGGUGGAUUUUUGCCAGGAAAUGACUGACAAAUGUACAACUGACGAGCAGCCAAGGACGGACUAAGUAGUGGUGGUUCUUUGUGUCGUUGUAUUUGAAUUUUUUUAGGUUUUUUUUAUUAUUAUUUAAUUUUACUCUUCUGACAACCCCCCCCCCCCUCCUCUCUAUCUCUAUCUCUCUCUCCGGGGUCUCUUCACUGAAAAACAAGCUUCGUUUGUAUUUAUGUCUUCUUCUUUUUGGACCGGUCGACACUAAAGUUGUCUUAACAGCAGCAAUACUGUUCUCCAGGUAUUCUCUCCUCUGACCAUGACGGAGUGGGAACUUCUCACCAAAACACGGACAAUGGUGCUAUCCUCGCCCCGGCAGCAGCCUCCACAGCGGAGCCUUCUGUUCUCCGCUAGUCACAACUCACAGUUAAACCUCAUCGGACCUAAACAGCAGCUCUUUGGUCUCUCUCUUAUGUACCGACAGUAUCUCUGUUCCUGCCUUUUCUCUCUUUUUUAAAUUUUUGUUCACCCACUUUUUUCUCUACAGAUCUUCUCUACCUCUUUCUCUCUCUUUUCUCUCUCUCGGUUCUACUCUCGCGAUAUCUCAGUGGCCCUUUUCGUCACAACAAUUCAAACUCAGGAAAAACAACAACAACAACGAAACAAACAAAAAAAAAACUAGAAGAAGAAGAAAGAAAUGAAAGAAAGAUAUCCUCUGAAUGUUCGACGUAAUUCAUGAAAAAUGACAACACAGCUUCUGCGCACACGGGGAAGUGGAGACGCAGCCACACGGUAAAAUGUUCAUAUGCAAAAAACAACAACAACAACAAACAAAAACGCGUUUGUAUUUCCGUGCGGAAGAACUUUGUACAGGCUGUAACCUGAAAACAUUCCUCCUUUGCCUUCCUCAGCACUGAAUUGAAAGGAAAAAGUUUUUUUUUUUUUUUUUUGCAGGCGGUUAAAUGGCUAUUUUUUAUUUUCCACUCAUCAGCAAUACCAUUGUAUUUAGAUGUUGUACCGGUGACUUUCAAGUGCUUGUUUGGCAGAAAUGUACAUAGUAUGGAGCAUGAUGACUGUAACAGUGGUUUUGUACAGGUAGAAGCUUAGAUGUUUCUUUUGUUUUCUUCUCUUUUAUUUUGUCACACGGGGUUAUAUUAAGCACCUUUUUUAAAAAUUUUUUGCUGAGGGGAAAUGUUUUGCUGUUUCCUGUCCUGCCUAACGAACGCACAACCCACCAAGGUGAGCGUUCUUCUACUCAGGAAAUCGGCUCGAUACACAUGCAGACACACGCGUGCAGCACACACAGACACAACGCGUCAAACGCGCGCGUACAAUUCUGGAGCCCCAUGCAUGUUUAAAAGUUAGACAUUCAAGACUCCUCUUUAAAAUGUGAAAAAAAAAAAUAACAGUUCUGCUUUGUGUUGUUCGGAGGAAAUCUCUUUUUUUUCCAUCAGUAUUUGAAGACGCUAUUCGUGUUUACACUCUCGACAGACAUGCUGCGGUGUUGCCGUUUGAUAGAGACGGCAACAAAUAAAAAAUAAGUGACGGAUGCUUUUUCGAAUUUCAUCCGAAAUGAAAAAUUAUUGACUUAAAUCAGGCACUUUGUUUCUGGCCCUGAGCGCUCAGAGCCAUUUAGCACUUCAA